AUGGCUUACUACGAGGAACGACAACGAUAUCAGGAACGCGGGUUGGGCGGCGGUGGCGGCGGCGGUCCACGCAAGAAGUCACUGUUGAUCGGUAUCAAUUACCUUGGCAGCCAACACACGCUUCAGGGUUGCCAUCAAGAUGUCAACAACGUCCGGGAAUUUCUCGACGCAAUGGGCUACCCAGAAGACCCACGCUCACAAGUUAUAAUGCGAGACGACAAUCGCACAGAUCCCCGAGGCCCCAUGUUCCCCUCCGGUCACAACAUCCUCGCCGCCAUGCAAUGGCUAGUCUCGGAACCGGGAACGGAAAAUUUCCUCCACUACUCCGGCCAUGGCGGCCAGGUCGCGGCAGAUGACGACAGAGCCUCCGGCUUCGAUGACACGAUAGUCCCGCAAGACUUCGAACGCAAUGGCCAAAUCCCCUCGGGAAUCCUGCACAAAAUCCUCGUAAGCGGGUUGCCACCGAACAGCAGUCUUACCGUCAUCCUAGACUGCUGCCACUCCGGCUCUGCCCUCGAACUCCCGUACGUCUUCCGCGCCGAUGAAGAUGGAAACGUGAACAUGGUCGACAACGUGAAACAAGGCAUGCGACUCGUUGGAGCGGCCUCGCAUCUAGUCCAAGGCGGCUUCAACAUGGGAUCCAUCCAGGAAGCCGAAGGCCUCCUAGCGGGCGCCACCGACUUUUUCAAAGGCCUGACCCAUCGACGAGCGGAAGUCAACCAGUACGGUCUCGCUCAAUCCGACACCUACGAAGAAUUCCAGAGCGAUGGCAACAAACAGGUCACCAUGUUCUCCGGGUGCCGCGACGAUCAGACGUCGGCGGAUGCGAGCAUUGCGGGCAGCCACGUGGGAGCCAUGAGUUGGGCGUUUCUGGAGUGCAUGAAGCAGUUCGGGGUCAAGCAAAGUUACUCCCAGGUUCUGCAGAAUACGAGGCAGAUUUUGGCAGGGCGGUAUGCGCAGAUCCCGCAGUUGAGUGUGGGUUAUUCCCAGGAUCUGAAUUAUCAGAUCCGCAUAUGA